AUGGAUCACGAAUCCUCACCUGGACUUAAGCCGUUUAUACCGGACUACACGCCCAGGGCCCCAUCGCCUCCGCCAUUCGCUCAUCAAGGCCAGUCACCGGAGGGUGAUGCAAAGCAUGCGGACAAGGAUUUUCUAAGAUCUAAUAAGCCGUUGAAUAUUCGAAUUGGAGGGAAGGAGGCCCAUGCUGCCCUCCUCCAAUCUGACUUUGGCGCCAACAUCCCAGACCUCUGGAGGCUUGAAAGAGAAAACCCAUCUUCAGACCCUUCUCCUGUCGAUCAGGGCUUUCCCUCUAGAGGCUCGGAACUGGUCAGAACAAUCAACCCUUCCAAGAAGCUUCCGGAGCCUAAGCCCGUGGAACCUGGAUUCAAGCCCGACCUGAAAGUUCUUGCAGAAGAAGCACUUGACUUGGACAGCAGCAGCCCGGAAGCUGAGCCACCACAGUCGCCACCUCUACAACCCCCUGGAGAAAAACGGGUCGUACUUCCUCCGCUGUCUGAACUAGUCAAUGGUCCGGUAGAGUCAAUACCUCCGCCUAGACUGGAUCCGUCUCCAUCAUCUAUCGGCCAGGCUCAUUAUAACUCGCUGCCUGCGCUUCGUAACCCGUCAGCAGCUCAAUCGCCAGAAGAUUCCGGUCUGAGGCUACCCCCUAUACAGACCAAGCUCAAUCAGCUCAAUGAAUUUGGGCCUGUCCUUCCGCCACCGAAUGGCCCUUCUCCACGUCCUGUGGGUACACCAUAUUCUCUGCCUUCCGUCGCCGCUGUUUCCCCGCCUUCAGCGAGGGUUGAUCCCAGCCCUCGGGAACUAUAUCGAGCUCCCUUGAUGCCAUCCAAAAUACCACCUAGCCCUUACUCACAUCUUUCGCCUGCAAGCACGCAAGCCAUAUCUGCCGUCUCAUCCCCAGCCUCGCAGCAACCUUACUGGCGUACUGUCAAAGCACCCUAUCCGUACGAUCCACCAUCCACAGUCUCUAACAGGAGUCCGGCGUCGAACUACCCAACGCCAAUUGAGCGCGCCUCGACAGGUGCUUGUGAGCCAGGGGCCUUCACGCCUUCGUCGCAAGGCAGCACGGCUGGGCCAACAGGUACAUUUAAAUGCUCACACCCAGGGUGCACAGCACCUCCCUUUCAAACGCAGUAUCUGUUAAAUUCACAUGCAAACGUCCAUUCGCAAGAUAGACCUCACUUCUGUCCAAUUGAAGGGUGUUCGCGCGGUCCUGGAGGAAAGGGAUUCAAGCGCAAAAAUGAGAUGAUUCGCCACGGACUAGUCCACAACUCCCCCGGAUACGUUUGCCCCUUCUGUCCAGACCAGCAACAUAAAUACCCGCGGCCUGAUAAUCUCCAAAGACAUGUGAGAGUCCAUCACGUGGAUAAGAACAAAGAUGACCCUGCUCUUCGACACGUCCUUGCUCAACGACCCGAGGGGAGCGGCCGAGGGCGACGACGUCGGAUGAAUCCUCAAUAA